GAGACAGAAGGGGACGAAGUUGCGAAACUCCCGAGUAGGAGGGAGCUACUCUGCAAAGCCUGCUGAAUAAAGAAAGGAGUUAAAAAAAAGCAAAAUAACCUUAAAAACUGAAACCUUAAACGCCAAUUCUCAAAAAAAAAAAAAAAAUCACCACGUACUGGAAUACUUUUUUGUAAUGCUAAUAUAUUCUAUGUGAAGAAAGUAUUUAUACUUUUGUUUUCUAUUUGCACUAACCAACGGUACUUCAGAACUACUGAGCAUUUUUAUAUUUUACGAAAACGAAAAUCGAUCACACCCUGUGGAAGGACACCACUAUUACAAAACCAGCACUUUUGAUUUUUGCCUCCCCUACCUGGAGCACGUCUGUGUUGCCGAACACGGAUAAACGAAGCCGAGCCGGUGGACGCGUUCAAGGUCACAGCCAGCUAAUCUCCACGCACCUGGCACACUUCAGCAGUUCGCUAUGCAGCUUGAAAUCCAAGUAGCUCUCAACUUCAUCAUCUCGUACUUGUACAACAAGCUGCCAAGGAGACGGGUCAACAUCUUUGGCGAGGAGCUGGAGCGGCAGCUGAAGCAGAAGUAUGAAGGACACUGGUACCCGGACAAGCCAUACAAGGGCUCAGGAUUCAGAUGCAUCCACGUGGGCGAAAAGGUGGACCCCGUGGUCGAGAAGGCAGCGAAAGAGAGCGGGCUGGAAAUCGAAGACGUCCGCAACAAUCUGCCCCAGGACCUCAGUGUGUGGAUUGACCCCUAUGAGGUGUCCUACCAGAUCGGUGAGAAGGGGCCUGUCAAGGUGUUGUACGUCGAUGACAGCAAUGAAAGUGUAGCUGGGAAUGGAGGGGUUGACUUGGACAAGGAGAUCAAAAACAGUUUCAACCCAGACGCACAGGUCUUUAUGCCCAUCAGCGAGCCUUUGAACGGGACCUCUCCAGGCUCCAGCUCUCCCUCUCCACCCUUUGGCCACUCGGCGGCGGUCAGUCCCACCUUCAUGCCCCGGUCCACACAGCCUUUAACCUUCACAACAGCCACCUUCGCAGCUACUAAGUUCGGCUCCACUAAAAUGAAGAGCAGUGGACGCAACGGCAACAACGGCAGCGGUGCUGGGAACAAAGUGGCACGUACCUCUCCCACCAACUUGGGCCUGAAUGUGAACAGUCUCCUGAAACAGAAAGCCAUCUCCACCUCCAUGCACUCACUGUAUGGGCUGGGACUUGGUGUGCAGCAGCAGCAGCAGCACCAGAAACCCUCCGCCCUGUCUCCCAAUGCCAAGGAGUUUGUGUUCCCCAGUCUGCAGGGUCAAGGCAGCCAGAGUGCUCUGUUCCCCGCAGACAGCCCGCUGCAGUACAGCAAUGCCUUCGAUGUGUUUGCGGCCUACGGUGGCCUUAACGACAAGUCCCUCAUGGAUGGCUUGAGUUUCAGCUUAGGCAACAUGCAGUAUUCUAACCAGCAAUUCCAGCCAGUCAUGGCCAACUAGUACACAUAAAGGUACUACUUAAGCUACUACUUCAUACGGAAACGACCAGAGAUAAUGUGAUGGGGAAAACAAACACAAAUGCACAUUUCAACAAAAAAAAAGAAAAAGAAAAGUUUAAACAUAAACAGAAUGUUAAAUAUAAAAGAAAAAAAAAAAAGACUUGUAAGCUGUAAAAUCCGAGUUUCAAGUCUAAGAGCAUGAGCCCGAGGGUGAAUUACUUUAUCCCCUUGAGUUAUACUUGUUUCUUUUUUGUUUGUUUUUUUAUUUCUUAAUGAAGCUUGUAGUACAAGUUGUCUAAGCUUGGUUACCCAAACUUUAAAAUGCAUUAUUGUUAUUUCUUUUGCCAACCAAGCACAAAAUAUUUUUUUAUGUAACUGUUUUAAGAUAAAAAAAAGAAAAAAAACACCACCAUAAGUCAUGGCCUCUUUCAGUAUUUAAAUAUAACUGGACAUUGCCAGUUUUUCAAGAAAUUGGCAUCAAUAAGUGGGAAUUCCUGGUCUUUUUCUAAUUGUAUAAUUUAAUUUAGUACAGAGUUUGUAAAAUAUCAGAGUAUCUAUUGUUUCUACAACAUGGUAUUGCAUUUAUAUCUUUUUACUACUCCAGUGAUCUGUGAUGGCUGCAGCAACUUUAUGUUUCCUUUUUUUAUUGAAAUUAUAAAAUGAAUCCAUCUUUAAAAAAAAUAAAUAAAUAAAUAAACAUUGACUAUCCUGAAGAUUGUGUACAGACUAUUCCGUAGUGGUGGGAUUUAAGAAUAUUUGCUUUUUUGACAAAAAUAUAAGAGUUGUAUUUUCUGUUAAGAGUUUAAAGAUUUUUGCUAUAUUAUGGACAAAAUGUAAUCGUAUAUUAAUUUUGUACCUACAUUGUGCAAUACUUGAUAAAGCAAACGGUAUAACAAAGUAUUCGGAGUCAGUGUCUUACAUGUUAAGAGGGACUGAUAGUUUAUUAAGUUUGUAUUAAAAAGCUUGAAAAUAA